AGCAAACAUAUCUUUAUUCUCACGCAGAGUGAACCGAAAAGCAUAAGCGCGCGACCAUUACAGAGAGAGCUUUGCUUCUCAGUCCCUGAGAGUAAUUCAAGAGCAGAGACCAGCGAUCAGAAGAGAACCUCCAAAGUUCUAGGGGGCUUUGUUGAAGUUUUUGUAGCAUCCAUCUAGUACAAGAAGAUUGAGCAUCGGAAUUAUCAUGGUUUUCUGUUGUUGGUAAUCAGAAAUUGAGAUGUAUAAUCAGCCAAGUUAUAGUAGUCAGUCUGGGCAAACUCCUCCUAUGCCCGUUCCACCACCAUUCCAACAGCUUCCUCCUUCUCGGGCACCUCCUCCUCCUCAUCGUCAUCAUCAGUUACAGCAUGGUCCUCUGCCACAUUCCGUAAAUCAACAGGCUCCUCCUCCAGUCCCUUCUCAUGUUGGUCAGCCGGGCCCUUCUCCAUAUCGCUAUGGUCCAUCCCCACUACCUACGUUUCCUCGGGUUCCAUCCAGUGGAAUGUCAAAUGCCGGUCAAUCUUGUUUCCGCUACCCUCCACCAUUUCAUGGAGGAACCCCAUUGUACCCGACAACUCAACAGAACUCCCCACAUCCUACUCAUUUUGGGAACCAAAAUGUUUAUCCUGUUCAACAACCAGUAGCUCCUGCCUAUGGUCCACCACCACCUCCUAGAAUGUUACCUCAUUCCUCACAAGAUCAAUCCUCAUACAGAGCUCCAGUACUUCAGUCACCACAGGUGCACAAUGGUGUGCAGGGUUCUCAGCAUAUCCUACUGGCUCCUCCUCCCCCUCCUGCUUCUAGUUUAUCUACUUCUGCUCCUUUAAUUCCUUCAACUGGUGGAAACUCUCGCAUGCCUUCCACAGCCCUGCCACCACAGCCACCUCCACCCUCUUCUUCACCACCGCUUCCACCUCCUCCUCCACCCCCUACCUCUCCCUUUCUCUCUUCUAUGGCCAUCCAUGCUACUCCUAACCUACCCCCUCGUUCUGACUCUAAUCCUGAUUCAAGUAAACUUUCAGGAUGUGGACUAAAGACGUCAAGUUCUAUUGACGAAAAUUCAGCUUGCAGCGAUGGGAGAGAUAAAUUACCUGAGCAAAGUGGCUCUCAAGCUGGUUAUCUAGCAGGAAAGGGCUCUUUGUCCAAGGGCAAUAUGAUUUUAGAUCUUCCUCCAACUCCACCUAAGCCACGAGAAGAAAAACUUGUUCAGAGAACUGAGGCUUUAUGCCAGUCUAUUGCCAAGAAUGGUUCUGAUUUUGAAGAUAUGGCUCUUCUAAAGAAAUCUGGGAAUUCACAAUUUGAAUUUAUGUUAGGUGGUGAGCCAGGAAGUGAAGCUGCUAUUGCUCAUGAUUAUUUUCUUUGGAUGAAGAAGAAAUGUAAUUUGACUAUGUUAGAUGAAGGGAACUGUGACUCGUCUUCUAAGGCUUUUGCGGUUGAUGAUAAAAAAAUGAUGGUUGUGGUUGGAUCUCAUUCACCUGCUGAUUCUGACAUGGAGAUGGAAGAUGAUAUCACCCACCCAGACACUGUCCAGGUGGUGAAGAACUCAUUUGAAAGUCAAAACUUUGAGUUAGAUUCAGUCUGCAUCAAUUCAAAUGAAAAAGAAUGUGCACCGCAUAGUUCUGGAGAAUGCAAGCCAGUGGAAGCUGUAUCUGCAAAAAUAUCUCUCUCUGUUUUCCCAGGACCAGGUGAACGAAGUUCUUCUGGGGCUCCUGAAUGUUCUCCAGCCGGCGAAGCUGUGAAGUCAACCUCUUUCAGAGCUGAUAAUAGAAGUCCUCCGUCUUUAGCAGCUGCUGAAGGCAUUGGGCAUUCUCCUCAACAUAUAAAUGAUGGAAGUCCAUUUAGACUUCUGCAAGGGUAUGCAUCCGAUGACAGCACAGGAAGUGAAGAUGAGCCCCGCCUUGAAGAUUUUAAAACAGUAUCAUCGGCAGUUUCAGUUGAUGCUACAAAUUUGCUUAUAGACUCUGAGUGUAAUCUGAGGACAUAUAUUGGGUUGGAGAGUCCUGGUAAGACUGAAAAGCAGUUUGGACUGCCAUCUGGAUUAGCCAUAUCUAGUAAAGCUCCAGAAAUUUCUGCAGGUUCACAAGGAGAAUUUGGAAUAACUACCAGAAAAACAAAUGCUAGAGGAGCAAUUGAUGAACAUGACGAGACUAUGCUUGAAAAUGAAGCAUUGAUCAACUGUGUCACUAUUUGUGAGGAUAUCCAGGAACAAGAUGUCCGUGGAGGCGCAUGUGCUGUUGGCACUUCUAGUGGAAAGUUCCAUAAUGAAAAUAAGGAUGAAAGUGCAAAGUCCACCCCAACUCUUCCAAAAGUAGAUGAGUUUGGGAGAGUGGUCAGAGAAGGUGCUAGCGACAGUGACUCUGAUGAUUCUCACCAUAGAAGGCAUAGCAAAAGAGGCAGAAGCCGUAGCUGGAGUCGAUCACCUCCUGGUAGGAGGAGGCAGUGGCGACGGAGAAGUCCAAAAAGGAGAAGGGAGAGGCGAAGCCGAUCUCGCAGCUGGUCUCCCAGACAUCGAAGAAGUAGGAGCAGGUCCCCCUCUCAUAACCAUGCAGGUGAGUUCAUGGGUGAUCGAGUGAGACGGGACAAAGGUCAAGUUCCAGACUGUUUUGAUUUCCUUAGAGGCAGGUGCUACCGUGCAGCGUUUUGUCGGUAUCGACACCAUGAUAGAGACGAGGGUGAUGGAUCUAGGCACUAUAGGAGGAGCAAACAACAGUACCUGGAAAUGCAUCCUAGCUCAAAGAAAUCUAGUGUUGUAGAAGAGAUCAAGAAUAUUCCUCUAAAAGCAUCAGAUGCUAAGCUUGAAGAAAUCAAUAUGGAUAUGUCUUGUGGCAGCUUUGGUGCGACAGAAAGUGGCAACUUUGAGAGUGACACUCUGCAAUCCUUUAUCCCUCAUACAGCUGGUCAACUAAUUGAUGCUGAUGUAACUAAAUUUGAUAGUUCUAAAGAGGGUGCCGCUAAAUUUCCAGAGAGGCAAAGUAUUCUAGAAGAGCCAAAAGAGGUUAUCGUGCACAGUUGUAACAGUUUUAUGAAAAAAACAGAAUGUCAUCACCCAUUUGUGAAUGAUAAAAUUCCCUCUAAAUCUGAUGGCAAAGCUGAUGCCCUGAUUUCAUAUGGUGAAGCUUCUCAAGAUGCAGUUUGUCCUUCGAAAUUCUCCGCAUUUCAACAACCUCAACCAAAUCUUUCAGGUGGAAGGGUUCAGAAUGCUGAUCAUCCUCAGACAGAUAACUUGUCUAUAUCUGAUUCAUCAGCCAAUGGAAGAUCAUCAACUGCCCUUAACAAUCCUACUGCAAGUGAUAUUCCAAUUGAAACAGAGAAUCUACAUCUUUCUGCCCAGUUGCCCCCUCCUCAGCUCCAGCUCCCAUUCUCACAGGGCGUGAAUGCUCCUCAUAUGGAACAACCACCAAAGGAUCCUGGUAAAAGUUUUCCUCCUUAUAUGUUACCUGGUCAACAAUCAUUCUUCUCUGUACCUUCAACUUCCCUGCCACCGCCACCCCCACAUCAUAAUUCAAAUGUAAGAAGUGCAACCCCUGGUAUUUCUUCACAAUUUCAGCAGGCUCACUUGCCUUCAAGAAAUAACAUUGAUUCUCAAACCUUCUCCAGACCCUACACGAAUGAGUUGGCUACUUAUUCUCAAGUUGGUGAUUUUCCGUACAGAUCUUAUGCUACUACAAGUGAGUCUCAUCAACCUUUCUUGCAUGCAGAAGAUUUUAGACUGAGGAAUCCUCCAGUUUUCAACCUGUCACAUCAACAAUUUGGAGGCCCUGGUCUUUUGGGAGAACAUCCCUUACCACAGCUUCCGGUACAGGGUUUUAGUGCUUCCAGUUUCUUGUCUCAGAGUAACAAUCACCCCCAGCCAACAGCUUUCUCCCAAGAAUUUCCUGCAACCAAUUUUCAUGGUAUUCGUAUGCCUCAGUUAGACCCUUCAACCUCGACUCCUCAUAUUCAUCCUUACUCUCAGCAACAACUGCCACCUCAUGGUUUACGCCCUUCCAUGGCAGAUAAUGUGAAUGAGCUGCCUGGCAAAGUCAUUUCUUCAUCAACAUAUCCACCAGAUCAUCUGGACAUGAAUAAGUCAGCCUACCGGCCUGAUUUUGGAUCAAGAACUGCUCACCACAAUCCUUAUGCAUCUACUUUUGAGCAGCCACUUUUCGCCAAAUUCACUUCGAAAAUUUUCGGACAAGAAAAGGAUUCAAUUGAUGGGCAAGGGGUUGGCAGUACUGGGUUGAGACACUAUGCUUCAUCACCAAAGUCUGGUGGAGAUGUUGGACAGAACUUCUCCAGGUCUGGAGGUGACCGGAAUGAUCCUCAUUCUGACAGCAUUGAGCCGUCUUCAAACUCAUUUAAUAAAUCAGGUUAUGUUCACAAGCGGGAACCCACCGUUGACCGUGACAUUGUGUUGAGGCUCAUUGAUCCCAACAAGCCAUUGGAUGUGGAAGAAAACAACCAGAAAGAAGCUAGUGCUGUUGUUUUUGCAACAUCUUUUGAUAAUGAGGAGUUUGGAGAGACUGCAGAUGCCGAGGUAGGUGCUGUUGAAAAUGCAAGCCCAAGUGACCUGGUAGGGAACAUGACAGCAGGUGAUGUUGAAAUUGAUCAGUUUAAGUCCCCAGGGAAGAGCAAGAAGAGCAAAGGUUCAAGGUCAAUGAGGCUUUUUAAAGUCGCUAUUGCAGAUUUUGUGAAGGACGUUCUAAAGCCAUCAUGGCGACAGGGUAAUAUGAGCAAGGAAGCAUUUAAGACGAUUGUCAAGAAGACUGUUGAUAAGGUGUCGGGGGCUAUGAAGAGCCACCAGAUACCCAAAUCUCAGGCGAGGAUAAAUCAAUACAUUGACUCGUCGCAGUUAAAGCUAACAAAGCUUGUGAUGGGCUAUGUUGAUAAGUAUGUUAAAGCGUAAAAGUCGACCGUUGACAUCAGUUGAUAAGCUGCUCUUUGAUGACAGAAGAUUUUAUUAAAUCUGUAUGUUUCCCUACCUUUUGGAACGAUCUUUAUGUGUUGUUGCGGAAAUGUAACUCACUCUUUUGGUUGCAGACCAAUAAGGAAAGCCGCGAAAUUUUCAGCUGGCGUAACUAGAAUGUUGAUUUUCUGUCAAGUCCAUACCUUCUUGCUAAAAGGGUGCAUAGGAAGUUGAAUUUUUUUGUGAGACCGUUAAUUUUGGCAAAAUUCCAAGGGAGCUCGGAAACAUGCACACACAGCUAUAUUUCCCCAUCCACAUGACUUCACUAACCCUAAAGAUUGCUCAUUAGGUCCAGGAGGUGAUAUUAGAGUGUAUCUGGAAGCAUCGGCUGGUGCUGAAAAUGCUCAAACAUAUGUCCAACAAUGCAACCUCCUAUUACAGAAUCUAACCCUUGUUGGGGUUUCUACUAUAAGGUUAUAAUUGCGGAACCUUACUGAUUAUUUCGAUGGCUUGCAACCUCAAAUAAUUGGAAUGGCCUGAGAAUAUGUUUCUGAAGAUAUACUGAAUCAGAAGCAUGAUAAGGCUUGUAACAUAAUGUAAUUUUCAGGCCUAGGACAGUGUUUUUAUUAUAGUUUGUUUUAGAGGGGAUACUGCUUUUUUUAUGACCUGGAUUGCGAAGGGUCAGAGGAUUUGGGGAUGAGAAGUAAGUAUAUUGGUAUGGUUAAGUUGGUUGAGAUUUGAGAAGAUAUUCAUAUCCCCUGCGAAAGAAGCAUUGAACAGUGGCA